AUGGAUACCUUCUAUUUCCUGGCGAUGAUUGGCUGGGCUCUGCUGUCUCUCCGUGGUUUUGCCUCCACUGGAGUCUGUCCCAACCGCUGCGACUGUCAGCAACCGCAGCGUCUCUUGUGUGCCAACCGCGGUUUGAGCACGGUGCCCCGUCACAGCAGCAACGAGGAGAAGGUGCUCGUUUUGAGUCUUGGAGGCAACUUUAUUGGGAACAUCUCUGCAGUUGACCUCGGAAGGUACGCUGGCUUAGUAAGGUUGGAUUUACAGUUUAAUCAAAUCCAUAACAUCCAUCCUAAAGCGUUUGAGAAACUGUCCAACUUGGAGGAGCUCUACUUAGGACAUAAUCAUUUAUCUGCCAUUCAACUUGGGACUCUGCAACCCUUGAAGAAACUGACAGUGCUUUAUGGAAACAAUAAUGACAUCAGUGAAAUAACACCAGGGAUUUUUGCCAGUUUAGAUCAUCUUGUCAAAUUGCGCCUAGAUGGCAAUCAAAUUAAAAGCUUGCAGGAUUCAGUAUUUCAGGGCUUAGACAACCUGCGUUAUCUUCAUCUGGAGUCCAAUCAGCUUCAUCACAUUCACAGAAACGCCUUUUCGAAACUGGCCAAUCUGCGGUUUCUCAACCUGGCCCGCAAUAAUCAGUCGGUCCUGCGUGGUGCCCUAACAUUUUCACAUCUGACAGCCUUGACGACAUUGCUGCUUUCAGAAAAUGGAAUCCAACACGUCGGGAAUAAAGUUUUCCACAAUCUUAAAAAACUAUCUAAAUUAUCUCUCAGUAACAAUCGAAUUUCCCAUCUCCACAUCGGGGCUUUGCUUGGAUUGUCAAGCCUCAAAGAGUUCCUGAUUGACGGGAAUGAACUGGAGGACAUCCCAGCUGGGCUUCUGGAUCCUUUGGAGCUUGUGGAGCAUUUGGACUUUAGUCGCAAUCGGAUCUCUAAUGUUGACUCUUUAGCAUUUAAUCACCUUAAAGAUCUCAGGGUUCUGAAGUUAAACCAAAACCUGCUAACCAGCCUUUCAGGUGACAUUUUCAAGCUGAAUAAAGUUCUUAACAACGUAGAUCUCCGUGGCAACAACUGGAUCUGCGAUUGUCGCCUGGACGAACUGAAAAGAUGGAUGUCUGCGGCACGUUCUCAGGGCAAACUUUCCGACGUGUUUGUUCAGUGCCAUCGCCCGGCAACGCUGAGAGGAAACUCCUUGGAACAUGUGAACCGUUCCCAGUUACAGUCUGCUGGGAACUGGAGCCAAUUGUGCGUGAGCCACAUCAGACCCGAGGAGAGCCAGGGAGGGAAAACGUGGACCAAGAUGAAGGGUGAAGUUUGGCAGGAAGAAAGAGGAAGAGAGGAUCCGUUACAACAAAAGCAGGAUGAGACGACGGUGAGAACCAAAGGGAAGGAAGAGGUGGGGAUACAAGGAGACCAAGGGGGGACUGAGGUGCCAGAAAUGGUAUAUUCAUUCAAAAAAAACUCCCUCAGGUCCAACUCACCAACAGACACACUUAGAAAACGUGCCAAAGUUGUGGGGAAAUUUUCCAGAACACCCUCAGAGAAGGAUAUUCUCACACCAAGUGAGAGUGCUCCCACUACUCCCGUCCAAUUGGCAGAAAGCUUUGAUCUUCUAAGGACGUUCCACAGAAAGGUUCCAAAUACCAUCACCGAUCCGUGUGGUUUUAACCACCAUUUCAUCACAAAUGUUUCAGUAGACCAAAUCACCAGCAGUACUGUUACAGUCUACUGGGCGACGCCCGGACUAAGUCCAUUUCUGGAUGAAGUGCACUACCGGAUUUUGUUCGACCGGUUCGGGACACCUGACCGGUUUCCACGUUAUGUUUAUACCCAUGGCUCAGCCAGGUCAGUGACCCUACGCGAGCUCCACCCGGAUGUCACUUACAUGGUGUGCGUGGAAGGAGUUGUCGCUGGUUCCGUGUGUCAAGUGGCGCCUCGCGACCACUGCUCAGGUUUGGUUACACUUGCCGAGGACGCCACUUCGACUUCCGACCUUCAGUUGGUGACGUUGCUGACGCUGGCAGGAAACGCCGCGUUGAUUCUGAUCGUGGGUUUAGUCUGGUUGGGGCGACGCCUUAAGAAAAAGUUGCAAAGGAGAAAGUCAGCUGUCCACGUCCGGCACAUGUACUCAACCAGGAGGCCGUUCCGUUCCAACAUGGCCAACACGUCCGCGUCCAACGACUUUACGAGCUAUCAAACUAGUCGUCCAGCUCGACUUGUAUCACCUGAACUGGGAGACCUCAUUGAGUUCCCUUGUGAUCGGUUUCAGGAUAGCGGUUCGUCUCGAAGAGACAUUGACAUGCCCAGAUUUUCUGACUAG